CGACUUCCCCGCAUAACCGUUGAGCCCCAACUCCCACCUUUCCCCUCUUUCUCUCUCCAGUCACCAUCCCCCAAUCUGUCUCCGUUUCUCUACGGCUGUUGCUAGCUGUCCCCCUCUUCCCUCGGAUGUGAUCCCUUCCUCUCCCUCCUAUACCUCCCUCCCUUCGCCCCGUUAACGGAAAGCAUCCAAUCCACCACGCUCCCGAAAACGAGAACAGAUUGGAGGUCAGAGAAACGGAAAGGGAGGUAAGAUGCCAAUUUCUAGAGAAAUGUGGCAGUUUUGGCCUCGCACUCCAACUGCCUGUCUCCCAUUUUCCUGGUACGGCAGUCUGGCCGUUACGCGAUUCACCGUUUUUUUCGAUCUAGCAUUGGUCCUCUGAGUUGCUCGGAUCCGGCUGUAUAAUUCCAAGAAUCCGAGAAAUGGCCCAAUUGCCUCCCAAGAUCCCUAACCUAUCCACCGAGUGGCCCAAUUUUGGCUACCAGAAGUCCCCCUCCAUGGGCACAUUCUUCCCGGCCGCGGCGCCCUCUCCCGCCGCCCAGCCCUCCUGGGUGGACGAGUUCCUGGACUUCUCGGCCGCCAAGCGCGGCGCCCACCGCAGGUCGGUUAGCGAUUCGGUCACCUUCCUCGAGGCCCCGGCCGACAGUGACAGCAUGGUCCAUGAGUUCGACCGCCUCGAUGACGGCCAGCUCCUAUCCAUGUUCGCGGAUGACGCGCUCCAUUUGUCGGCGGCGGCGGCGGCACCCGUCUCGUCGUCGAACACGUCGACGCCGUCCGAUCGCAAUAGCAACAGCGACGAGAAGACGGGGGAGCUGCAGCAGCGGAAUGAGGCAGAGGAGGCGCAAAGUACGUGCAAGGUGGAGCCUCAGGCCACACCGGCAGCCACGCCUCAGCCUGCAAUUGAUCCCAAGAGGGUCAAAAGGAUCCUGGCGAACAGGCAAUCGGCUCAGAGAUCCCGAGUUAGGAAGCUGCAGUAUAUCUCCGAGCUCGAACGCAGUGUAACAACAUUGCAGACCGAGGUAUCGGCAUUGUCACCACAAGUCGCAUUCCUUGAUCGUCAGCGCUCCCUUCUCACCGUGGGUAACAGCCAUCUUAAGCAGCGGAUUGCUGCCCUCGUGCAGGAUAAGAUCUUUAAGGAUGCUCAUCAAGAGGCAUUGAAGAAGGAGCUAGAGAGGCUGAGGCAAGUCCACCACCAGCAGAGCCUCGAUAAGAUGGGUGCUCCCACCUCCGACCCCGCCGUUCCCGCUGAUAACAAGCUCCUUAGGUCGGACGGAGCCACCGGCGGUGCCCACACACGUGACACUUCCCCUUAGAAGCCCUCGUGAACUGACGAACUGUAGGUCCCAGUCUUCCAUGGCAGAUGGCACCAACGGUGGACGAUGAGCAGCCAUUUGUUUGUUUGGGGUUGGGGUGAUUGUUUACCGAGUUCGGAGGCUGUGAUCAUCAAUGGUGAUGGUGGCGGUGAUGGAUGUUGUGCUGUUUGUGUAAUUAUAUUGUAUUUAUUUUUUAUUUUUAAUUUAUUUCGUAAUUGGGGUGGAGGUGGUGGGGAACCACUGAAGCGGGACGCGGGGACCACCAUCAUGGGGCAUUGGAUGGAGAUCAAGGAAACGGUAGGAGAGCUCAUCCUCUCAAGAGGAUUGGGGUUGUAUCUUUUGUGCCAAAGAAGGGUUGAUCUUCUUUUGCCAUCUUAGAUGUUGGAUUGCAUUUUGCACAGUUUCUCAUGUGUGCUACAGUUUCAUGAUUUAUGCCGUGGAAUUGGAACAUCUUUAUGUUGUUUUAAAAAUUAUGCAAAAUGCUAUCGGCUAAGUUCACUAAAGAAGAUCAAUUAUUCUUGGGUAUGAAAAAUACAACUUGAAACCUUUUAAGAUAUUUUUGUGCUAUGCACAAUUUAUACAUAUUUCAAAGAUCUUUACUU